AUGAAAUCUUGCGGGGUCAUGCCUCUCUCGCCACGGCAGAAGGAGGGAAAGGAUCGGAGCCCCCGAUCUCUUGAUGAUGAAUACGUCGUUUUCCUUCAAGGGAUUCCACCACAAUGCCGCUGGCAGGAGUUGAAGGACUUUGUUCGUCAGACUGCAUUGCAUAUCCGCCAAGCUGUGGUAUAUGAUGAUUGUCACGGCCAUCCAACCGGGUUGGGCCAAAUCAUCGUGAAGAACGAGGAUGAAGCGUGGCGCACGUAUAAUCGGCUUUCGACGAAUGGGUGGAAUGGACAUAGUCUCACGGUGACAUUGUCACUGGCGAGUGAGCCGACGAAGCCAAUAGCUGGACCAACGAAGAGCCCAUCGCUCGGUGGAAUGCCAUUUGGCUCGGGCUUCACUGCACCUCCAGUCACAUCAGCAAUGGGAUCUAGUCCGACAUGCGUCCCUAACCAAGAGAUGCCUGCAUCACCAAUAUUCACUCAACCGCCAGACCAUCAACAUCCGCCGUUCAUGGCCCCCUUACCCAGCGCCGCCUGUCAUCCGCAAUAUGUUCAAUUCCCCGAAUCAAUCGGUUACCACGUCCCCUUCGUCUUCCCCAAUGAGAACGCCUUUUUCGUCCCCCAUCCUGCAUUCUAUCCAUCAUCAUUUGACUCCUACCAGUUUGGCCAGCCGCGAUAUAGGGCUUCAAACGGCUGCGUUCAAGCCUACCCUGGCUACUUCCCACACCGACACAGCGUAUCCGGCCCCAGCGUAGGCGCCUCAUCAAGCAUGAACCACGAGUAUGGCGCACCAAUCUCGCGAAACAUCUUCAUCCAUAACCUCAGCCAUGAAACAACCCCACAGCUCCUGAAAGAGUAUCUCCACACAGCAGGAAACAUCGAGCGAUGCGACGUGUUCGACCGAAAGAUCGGCGGAAGCCCUCGGACAUGUGCAAUCGUUGCGUUCCGGAAUAAAGAAGAAGCCAAACGAGCCAUUGCGCUGUUUGACAAUUCCAUAUUCAGGGGGUCGCGGAUAAGAGUUCGUUUCGAUAGGGAGCGGGGUGGCAGUCUUGGAACAGCCCACGGUAGCGGCCAUGGACAUCACAACGCCAACAGAAAUGGGCAUGGAAAACAUGCUGUGCCGACUGCUCCAGCAGCCAACCGUACAGCUACGGCGAGAUACGAGGCGGAUAUAUCUAGAUCAACGAUAGCUCAGGCCAUUCCGUCAAAGGAAGCACAGCAGGCCGCAACGGCAUCUUCAUCGCCCUCGAUAGCUGCAAUAACACCUACAUCCACGGGCGACGAGGCGGAACCUAAGCAUGAGAAGAGCAGUUCCCGCAAGAACAGCACGGAGCCAUUAGUUGUGAAUGGAUCCUGUGUCGGGUCCAAGACUCUGGCCACAGGCGUUGAGAAAGAUGAACUCUCCCAACGCACUCGGGCAUUGCACCUCUGA